CACUCUCUGUCUCUCUCCAACCUGCCCAACAUGUUGCUGAUUUGUUUUGUUUCUAGGUUAAUUUUCCGGAAGCCUAUUUCAAAUUACUAAAGAGAGUGAUUGGAGGCAUUGUUUAUUAUGGCUUACCCGAAAACACCCUCCACGUCGUUCGAGGGCAAAAAGUUAGUCUCUGCAUCCAAGGAAGAGACAGGACUUCCUGAGCUAAGGGAAAAAAAAAAUAUGGUGGAUCGUUCAAAACCCCUUCCUACUUCCCUUCAGAAUGAGUUCAUCCCGGAAGAAGUUCUCCUUUCUCUGACCUACACAGCCAGCGCCGGUCCUUGUCCUGAAAACUUACUGCCUCCCAAGAAACUUAAAACCCCAAAGGGCACCCUUCCACGUCCAGUUGAUCAUGUCUGGCAUCAUCCUGUUAGAAGGAAUAAAUUCAAAUAUCUGAUUGACCACCCCGUUUCACUAACAGGAGCUGGAAGGGAUAUUUCGUUUCUGUAUGACAUGAAAUACGUCCAGGGCGAGGCCAGGGAGAGCACACUCUGCCCCCCGGGUGCCGGCCGGUCCUUGCGGUCCCGUGAUGGCGCCAUCGUGCCCCAUAAGCCAAAGAAACUGACAGAUACUUUGAUUCCUGAAGAAUUCCAUAUUGUGUCAAACACAGGAGUCUCAGGUUUGGAGUGUUACGAUGACAAAUACACUACCCUCCUCAAAGACAGUGAAAACAGGCUAUUGCUGUUCCCAUCCAUGAAACCUAAUAAAAGAGUGGAGGUGACCCGGCUGAGCGACGUGAUGGACACUAUGCUAGAGAGGGCUGGUGUGGAAAACCAGGACUACACAGGGCCAACCAAGAUGCACAAACUGCUACACAUACUGAGGCAGGAGCAGAACAUUUACAACACGGUGUUCCACGAACUCAUCCGACAAGUCAGCGUGGACUGCGCGGACAGAGGGGAGCUACUGUCCAAAAUCCGAGAGCGGUACGUACAGUUGCUUGACCACAUCGCCCGGCAGAUGAUCGACUUCUACAAAGACCUGGUGACUCAGCGAAUGAUGGACCAGCGCAUUUUACAAGAACUGUACAAUUUUAAGAAUGUUAUCGAGGAACUGACCAGGGAGCUGUGUUUGGUCCGGGCACAUGAUAUAAAAUUAACAAAGGAAGCAGAGAAAGUCCACAAGGAUUUGACACAAGCUCUUUUAGAUGCUGAGAAGAAUGCCAAGAUUGUGGAAGAGUACCAUGACUUGUACACGCUGCAGAGAGGGAGGAUGGAGAGCGACAUUAAGCAGCUGAUGGCCGAAAGAGACGUCUGGAGCUCGGCCACUUACGAACUGGCACUGAAGGUAAUUGAAAGAAAUAAAGUCAUAUUGGCUAAAAGACUUUACCUCAACGAAAAAGGCUGGAGUAAAUAUGCUAAGCAUUUCAUCAUCAUGCUGUCGAGCAAGGACGCUUCAGACCUUGCACUGUUGCAGAAGCUGACAGAGAACUGGAAAAUCUUAGUGAGUAAAUUUAGACAGGAAAUAGAAGAAAGCGAAGAGGCUACAAGGCAGCAAAUUCGAAUUAUUAAGGAUGGCCUUACCAAAUGUCAGCAGUUCUUCAAAAAUAAUAAGAAAAAACACAUUUCAUCCCCUAAAAAAGAAAAUGUAGACCUACUUAUUCCAGACUUCCAGCAGUGGCUAAAGAUACUGAGUGACGACAGAGACAAGUACACUGGGGAUAUACUAGUGUCCAAAUAUGAUUCUCUCAAGAUCAUUAAAUACUUACAGGAAAACUGGACAGAUAUCGGGCUUGCGAUAUUUCGUCGCCACAUAAGUAUGGAGGGAGACAUGCCGCCAGAGUAUCACGAGAUGGAGGAAAUUGCAAAAUGCAUAGAAAAACUCUACAAAGAAUUUGAAAUAAGAAUGAAUGGGGAAAAUGGUGUCUGUAGACUUUUUGCAAAUUUGAUUAGUUCUAUGGACUUCUGUUGUUUCAAGUUGGAAAGCUUCAUUGAGUUCCCUGAAACGUUUCCUGGAGAAUGGGAAGGAUUUGACGAAAAAAUCAAUGAGAUGAAAAUCCAUUUGCAGGCAUUGUUGGACAGCAUUGGCAUUGUUCCCCAGAGCUUAGACAUGGAUACUGGCUCGGCACUUGAAGCACAUAUAUUUAACAUGAUUCAACAAUGGCAUUUGAAAAUAGGCAACGAGAUUAACAAUGGUAACAUCGAACUUCAGCGCCACGUGGAUGAAUUGCAUAUAUCUAUGAUCCAGUGGAUGGUGCGCCUGCUGAUAGUGAUGGUGCCCGACUUUCCUGACCAGGACCUUCUCCCAGGGCUGGAGGAGGCGAGAGCUAAGAAGCACGACAUAAACGUUGCAAACUUGGAGCUCGACGCAGUCGCCCUGGCAAAAAAGUUGUCCAAAUACUCCCGUUAUUUGAACAGUUGCUGCAAAGGGAUGGUAACAGCUACGGCUCUGAGUAUAGCCAGCAACGUACAAAAAUAUUCUACUAAGGAACUUCACGAUCUAAAUGCAAUGAAGAGAGAAUGUUAUGAGUGGAUCACCACGUGUUCCCAGCUCCUCGGUCAGAUGAAAGGCAAACGCAUCAAGUUACUGACCUAUGAAGAAAAGGCGAACCUACUUGAAGAAGAGGAAAUUAUAAAAGAAUCUGAGUCUGAAACAGACAUACAUUUUGAAGAGGAUGAAAAAGAAAGUAAGGAGGAUAAGAAAGUUGAGAAAGGACCAGAAGAAGAGAAAGCAGAAAAACCGUCAACAUCCACGGAGCAGGAAAAACUCAUUCGGUUCAUUGGAGAAGAUGAAAAUAUUCACUCCAGGCCUCUGUUUGGACAAGAUUUAUUAUCUACCUGGAGAAAGUCAGCUGACCAGGGUGCAUUGGCCCCAAAGUACCUUGAAGCGAUGUCAAUAAUCGAACACACACAGGAGAAGUUAAUGGAGGCUGCCAACCGAGCCAGACGAGCAGAGCAGAAGUUUGAUGAUAUGAAUGAGAAACUUCAUUACACCCUCAUAAGAAAUAAAGAACUGGAGAAACAACUGGAGGAAGCAUUGCAGAAGUCUAAGGAGAAGGAGACUGAAGGAGAAGAAGAGGAAGAAAAUGAAGGAGAAAGAGAAGAAGGAGAAGAGGAAGAUCACAAAGAAGAAGAAGGAGACGAGGAAGAGGAAGAAGAAGAAGAAGAAAUCAGGCCAGCAGAAAGUUCCUCAAAACCCCUGAAGAAAGGGGUACAGCGCAAGGAGGAGACUCUCACCAGCAAAUCCAAAGUCCGGAGUAAACCCAGUAAGACCAAGACCAAGCAGCACCCGUAGGGUGCUGGGGGUCGCCGUGGCUCCCCUACCCGAACACACCCCAGAUCUCUCUGUGCUGUCGAGGUAACUGUGUGGCUCACUGGAGGUACUCCCUCGGCAACAGCUAGUAGAAAAACCAUGACGUACAGCCCGAGAACAUUUCCCUUGAAACUCACCGUGGUGGCUGUAGGGAACCAGCACAUUGGCUUAUUUGCCAGAUUAAAGACAGCUUGUACAAAAGUCUGCUGGCCUCUUCAAUUGAUUCCCUAACAGAGGUCUGUGACAAUAUCUGCUUCUGUCAAGAAAACAGUGUGUUUUGAAGACUUUGCACUCUGUGGGAAAGAGUGAUAAAUAAAAAGCAUUCUUUUAUUAUUAUUUUUUAUAUCAUCUUUAUUAUGUUUUUCUAUUACCAUUUACUGGUAGUCCCCUGAUAGGCUCCUUUCCUCAGUGAUCACCUCACUGUUGUCCAUGUCUGUAAGUUUUUGGUUUUUUUUUUUUUUUUUUCAAUUUAGAAGAGGAUCCUGAUAUUACCCCUGGGUUUCUAUGGCAUUUUCAAAUUUCUUACAAUUUCAGGCAUUUUUAUGAUUUAUCUGGUCUUCACAAUAACCCUACAAAGUAGGUGGGGGCAAUACUGUUAUCCCCAUUUCUCAGAAGAUGAAACUGAGGCCCAAAAUGCUUGUAAGACUCCCCAAGGUCACCGAGCCGAUCCGUGUCAGAGCCCCCACUUGCUGGACGCAUGUCUAGAUUGUGUGACAACAGCCAUGCCGUCAGGCCACUGUUCAGAUGGUUUCCUUUACAGGGGCCGGUGUUGCUGAAGGUUCACCCAGAACCUUCAUUGUUUGCUUUUAUUGCUUCAUUGACCUGCUCCGGUUGUGACCUUGGGUCCUUUUAGGCACUAGAGUUGGACUAACCUGCGAAAGGCACGUUCUGAGCAGUCACGUGGCAAGGGUUCCUCCCCGCCUCUCUGCUCCUGGCUCCCUGGCGUCUGCUGUGCAUCUCGGUCUCCAGACGUCUGUGGUGAGGUUUCUGCCCCUGCAGAGGGGCUGUGGCUCCACCUAUUUUGUGUUCCUUUGGGUUUAUCUCUGAAACGUUAGACCUUUGCCUGUUUCUUGAGCCUCCAACACCCACAACUGCAACCCCAGAGCCUCCAGACUUCUCUAAGCCAAACCCCUGGCCAGGCCUGCUCCUGGCCAUUAUCAAAAUGUAUGUGGAAUGGGUUUCAAAAAUGCUAAGCCUGUUGGAUGAUUCUUUACUCUUGGGGGA